AUGGAAGAUAUCGACUGCGCAUUCACAAAGUCCUCCACAAGCGAGGACAAUACGGUCCCAACGCCCAUCAGUGUCCCUACUUCCGUAACGACGUCUAGUCCUCCUUACUUGCCCCAAUCCGCAAGAGAAUCGAACAAAGGGAUCACUCUGUCCGGUCUACUCAACGCUCUGGACGGUGUGGCUUCUGGAGAAGGUAGAUUGUUGUUCUGUACUACUAAUUGGAAAGAAAGGAUUGAUCCCGCUCUUUCACGACCUGGUCGUUGUGAUAUCUGGAUAGAGUUCAAACAUGCCACCAAGACCCAAGCUAAAGAUCUAUUCAAGUACUUUUACGAUUCUCGUAUACAAUCGACACCAAUCGAUCCCACUCUUCAAGUUGACAAUGAACAGAAGAAAACCUUAGAUGAGACGGAAGUUGAGAGGAUCGAUCCAAUCGACCUGAAUGCACUGGCAAUGAGAUUCGCCUCUCAUAUUCCGGAAAAUACGAUAUCAGUAUCUGCGCUUCAAGGAUUCUUGAUGAGAUAUAAAAGACAACCUCAAAUCGCAGUGGCCAAUGUGGAGAAAUGGGUUUCAUCAGGUUGCGGUCAGGGUCCUACACCACUUCUACAUGAUGGCAGAGUAGAAAUGAUGGAUAUGGGCAAAUCGAAGGGUGAAGAUAGGAUUUAG